CAAGCACCUGCGGCACCCAGAGCUCAGCUGCUUGGUGUUGGUGGGAGCAGGGAGGUGGCAGAGGAGCACAGGGCACUGGGUGCUGCCAUGAGAGUGGCCUCUGGCCCGUCACUGCCCACUGGACACCUGUGGGUGCUGUGGGAAGGAUGUGGCUGCUGACCUCAUCCCAGCAGGAGGACAGGGACGUGUUGCACUUGGCAGGUCCCCAAGAUAAACAUUCCUGUUCCCACCACCUUUCUGCCUUGCUGGGAACAGGGAUAACGAAACUCACUGGGGAAUUAGGGACUUUUUACCAGGCAGUGCCAGGGCCUGCAGCUCAGGUGGCUGUGCCUGCACUGGCUCCUGGCCUUGAGGGUGCUGGGGAACGGGACUGGUGGGUUGUUGAAACCAUGUCUGCUGCCAAGGAGCUGGCUCAGGGGAUGAGGGGGUUCUGCUGUGGGACAGGGGAGAGGGGCCCAGUCCUGCCCUGGCUCAGGCUUCCCACGGCCAAGCACCAGCGUGAAGCCUGGGUUGGGUCCUGGGGGGUUCCUCUCUGCUAAGCUGUUGUCCUGCCCCAGCUGGGACACCCGGGGGUCAGCAGCCAGAGCUCCCCCCACCCGCUGUGCAUGCUCAGUCCCCCAGGGGCUUAACCCACCUCCCUCUCCUCUUGUGCAGACCCUGCCUUGCCCCUGCCCCCAGAGUGUCAGGGGGCAAACCCGCAUGUCCCAGAGUCCUGUGACGCCCCUUGGCUCAGCCAGUGCCCCAUGCGAUGGACGCGGGGGCCCAACCGAGCCCUGCUCCUUCAUCUCUGGGGGGCCCAUGGAUGCUCGCCCAGGAGCGGAUGGAACACACGGGCCCCUGGGACUCCCUGCCUUGCUACUCCUGCUUCUGCCCUGCUGGGCCCUGGCUCUUCUCUGUGCAGGUGCCAUGGCCCUGCAGCUCCCCACCAUCACCAUCCUGCGGAUGCCGGCAGAGGCCCCCCGUCCAGGCGAGAGCGUGACGGUGUCAUGUGAGGCGACAAGUGGGCUCCCAGAGCUGACGCUGCUCUACUGGUUGGGGAACGGCUCCUUUGUGGAGAGCCUGUACCCAGAUGGGGCCGUGUACGAGGGGACAGUGCAAGAGGAGCUGCGGGGCUCGGGGGCGGCCCUGCGCCGUGACCUGCACUUCAGCUCCUUCAACACCCAGCACCUGCUCACCAACUUCACCUGCGUGGUGCUCAGCCCUCUCGGUGUGGACACCAGGGAGGUGCGAUGGCCCCAGCCAGCACCAGCCCCUGUCACUGUUGAGAGUGGGGGGCUGGGCUGACACCAGGGAGCACCUCGUG